AUGUCCAGUAGUCAAGGUCAAGGACAAGGUCAGUCUCAAGAUCAACAACCACCUGCAAAUAUGCAAUCUCGAUGGUCAUCUUCUACCGAAGCUUCAACCGGUCGUAUGAGUCACCUUGGAGCAUAUUCCGAAGGGGCACCUACUCCACCUAUAAGAUAUUCAAAUCUAAGUUCUGCCCCUCCUGAAUAUACAUCUCGACAGGCUUCAGCUAGAACAUCUCAACAUUCCGAGGCCGGUUCAGCACCUCCUAGAUAUACUUCUCAAGCGACUUCUGCUAGAAGUUCUCAGUAUCCCCCUACCACUACUACCGCCACUGCCACUAGUAGUACACCUAGUGCUGCAGGUGGUGCCACUACCACUGCCACUGCGGGACCGACCACUUAUACGCCUUCUGGGUACCCACAACGAGUAGCAACUGGUGGUACAUACAUACCAAGGGGUCAUCCCGAUUACCAAGGUGGUUCUGGUUAUGGUUCCGGCUCUGGCGAUUCCAGAGGUCAAUAA